UCGUGUUCAUUUCAGUUUCCUUUGCAGUUUAUUGACUUGCUCCGGCAGACAAGAUGGCGAUGCUUUUGAGAUCUGUGGGCAGGCAGUGUCUGCUGAGGCAGCAUGCAGUCUUUGUCAAUAAAAUUCCAAUGUCCUCAAGUACAGCCUAUGAGGAAAUGAGGAAGUACUGGGACAAAAACAGGCAGCUGAAUCGCCCACUCUCACCUUUCCUUUCUUCGUAUAGGCCUCAUCUCGCCAUGUCUAUGUCUCUGACUCAUCGAGUAACCGGUGUGGGCAUGUCAGUAGUUGUGUCGGGGGUCUCUGUCCUGCUGUUGUGUCUCCCAGAGGGCUACCCCUACUAUCUACAGAUGAUCAAGGACUUGUCCCUGGGCCCGGCUAUCAUCACUGGGAUGAAGUACACACUAGCUCUGCCUGUCACAUACCACUUCCUUAAUGGAAUCAGGCAUUUGGCAUGGGAUGCUGGAUAUGGUUUUGCCCUGAAAAAUCUGUACCAGUCUGGCUACUUUGUAAUGGCCCUCUCCCUGCUCGUAUCCUCAGGAUUUGUUUUUGGAAUGUGAAAUCAACAGUAGGUUUUCAUCUCAAGCAGCUGAGUUGACAAGUCAUCACCGUAACAUCGCUAGCAGCUUCACCAGAUCUCAGCAUUAAGUCAUGCUUGCCUGCAUGAAGACCAACCGAAUACCGCCAGUUUGUUGAAAACAGAUUGUAUGUGUGAUAUGACCUGUGACAGAUCUGUGUGCUGGACAGAACAUGAUGGGCACAUGAAACCACUUGUGAAGUCAGUUUCGUUUAAACAUAAGGUUUUGUCAGGGUUAUUUUACACUGAAAACAUUAAUCAUGGCACAAAAUCUCUGAGUUUACUCAAACAGUGUGAAUUCAGUAGAGACCAACUGUAUGAUGUGUCCAUCAUGCUCGUGUUAAUGUGCAAUUGAUCAGACCUAAGAUGGUAUUGUGCCCUGCAAUCUUCUUUAUCAGUGAAGCUGUGUUUUGCUGUAUUAAUGUAUUGCAUGUUGUGUGUGGUUGAAGGCGAAUGUAUGCAAGGUAAGGCAGGUGAUAGUAUUCGGUAAUUACAUGUACAUGUACACAGUAGUGCAAUGUGCUUGUAUCAUAAAGGUGGGAAAUGGUUUUCACAGCAGCUGUCUACGUUAAGUGAUUUCAAAAGAAAUUUGAUUAAAGAAAUUUGUGGCUAUGUGAAAUUUUCGUUUGUGCCUAUUUGUCUUUUCGAAUAAUGUUCGAGGCUCUUAUGGAAUUCCAUUUUGUGGAAAUGUUGCUUUAUGGUUUCAAAAACAGUGCCAAUCAUGGCCAAAUAUAGAAACACAGAUUGCUUGAACAGAACAGAUAGAAUUCGACUGCGUUGAAUAAAGUUAAUUCACAUGUGUGAGAAACAUAUGUAACAUACGUGCUUACAUUAAAAUAUAUGUUUUGUUAAAUAUUUCCAGUAAAUAUAUAAUGGUUA